GGGGAAUGGCAAAAGCGACUACAGCAGCAACGCAUAAAUUCUUGUAUUCACUUUUCACACGUCGUCCCGCACACUAACGAUAACGACGAUACGCGCACGGAAAAUUCGCGCUGUAAAAUCAAGUGGCAAUAGGAAAAAUCAAAGAGUGCUGCUGUGCUGUGAUUGCAUUGCAAAACAAAAAUACAGGAAUAAUAAUAGCUACAAAAAAAUAAUAAUAAUAAAAUGAAAUAAAAAACAACGAAAAAGAGAAAAAAAAAAUAAGGCAAAGUAACAUAUUUUAAUUGUUUGUUGUGUAGUGAUUUUUAUACAUAAAUGAAAAUAGUAAAAAAGUUGAAACGGAAAUAGUGAAUUUAUAUAUGAAUAAUUGAUUAUCACUCUGAAUUAUGUUAACAAACACUGCCUCAAACUCCAAGUAAAAGUUUUCGUACAGAUGUUCUGCAGUAAAAUAUUAUUUCGAAUAUUCCCGCUUGAAAACAUCGAUUAAAACAUUAAACAUCGCUUAAACCAAAACAAAAAUACCACUACUGGGACUAGGAACUGUUUUCUCGCAUAAUCUUCAGCGCAGCAGCACUUCACGCUCCUCUCCCAGUAGCAGCUCUGUGAAAUGGUAUUGCCAUUUGGCUUGGCCUCCGAUGGUCAAAACAUAGCCGGCAAUCAAACCAUGGUAACCCCCACUGCUCCACCCGCUUUCUUAAUGCAUACAAACGUAUCCACUGUUGUGCCUGUCAUACCGAGCCCUUAUAUCGAUUUCAUCGUUGUUAAUGGCGAUGAUCGUUAUAUGAUACGUUGCGAGCGCAAAGCAGUGCUGGAGAAUAGUGUGGAAUUGGCGAAACUUAUACGAGCCGGUCCGAACAGUGGCCGCAAGGGCGAUAACCACUUCCAGAUUUCCAAUGUGGACAAGAAUGACUUUGAGUUGGUCAUACGAUUUCUAGAGACUAAGUUCGUGCGAUAUCGCGAUCAUUUACACAUACUGAAAAUACUUGAAUUGGCCGAUCGUUUCAAUUGCCCCGAUUUGGUUAUACAUUGUGUGCGGGAAUUGGAUCUACAAUUAACCAGCGCAGUUGUGAUCGAUAUAUUUCGUUCACUGUGGUUCUACCAAAGCAUUUCGGUGCCAAAUCAACACCAGUUAGGUGCAGUGAUCACCACACAGGAGAGCGGAGCCAAUAAAAAAACGAAACGCAAGUCCACGAACCUGCAAACGAUCGUUAAUGCCUCUGGAGGCACUGCUGCCGGUGCCGGUGACAGUGCCAAUGCGGGGACUGAGUCAGGCACGCAUCCGAGUCCCUUUACAGCCGAAGAAUUUGGCAUGGCUUUGCUCAAUAAUGCGCUACAAUUGAUCGACAUGCAUGCCCAACUGGUGCUGACCAAAGAGCAAAUCAACGAAUUACGCUUUGAAGAGCUGGAAAUGAUUGCCAAGCGCGAGGCGUUACAGCUCAGCUUCGAGCUUGUGCUCUUCAACUGCCUGGCAGAUUGGAGUUUGGCCGAGUGCCAACGUAAAAAACUCGAUGCAACGGCAGAGAAUAGACGUCGGGUGCUGGGGCCACUUUGCUAUGCGCCACGUUACUUGCUGAUGAGCAUGAGCGAGUUUCGAAGAGCUUGUGAUCGUGUGGAGCUAUUGGAUCCGACGGAAAUAUUACUGGUGAACGACGCAAUCGAAGGCAAAAAACUGAAGAAUUUGACACCAGAGCAAAGUCAAUUAUUGGAAAAAUUUCGAACGCCACGGCCCGAGUUCCCCAAAAUGCCAAUACAUCUCAGUGAUCGUACCAAUCCAAAGAAUUAUCCAAAGAAAAUGCGGCGAGCCGAGAAAGGUGCCUCUGGCGAGGAAGGCUGUUGGAGUAAUUUCGGCAUGAAUUGCUUGGCUGUAUUUGCAUGCAUUUUCGAUUAAACUAGCAUAGUAAAGUAGAGAUUUAGAGGGUUACAAAUACAAAACAAGUUUAUAAGUAGUAGAUAUACAUACAUAUUUGAGUUCACAAGCAUUCAGCUACUCUGCUGCAGUACUACAUACAUACAUAGAUGGUACAAUUCAGUGCAUUUUGCCGAAUGAACAAAUACACAUGUGCACAUGCGCGUUUAUAUGCGAGAGUGAAUGAGUGUGCACGCUGGAUGCAUACUCGUAUAUGUAUGACUGGAUGGUCGAACCUUAACGGUUAUACACAACGUAACGAUCUUAAGCAAUUACGCAUAACCUCAUUAUUAGCGAUAAAACUCUACUGUUGUAUUUGCAAUAGUACUUAUAAGCCCAGUUUGGAAAAUAUUUAAGCAGAGGUUGCAUAGAUGCAUCUAUGUAUUUGAAUAUGCCUAGAUACAGUUAUAAGGAAAAGUAUUUGAGACUAUGCAAAACCAACAAGAAGGAGUAGAUUUAGUUUUUAUACCGACAUACCGAUACCACGCGAAUUUUCCAGUGAAAUAUACAUACAUAUAUGUAUUUGCAUAUGUACACGUGUACAUAAAAGUACUCGUACGUACAUACAUUCGAGUAGGAUUAUUAUGUAAAAUAUGUUUGUGUUCGUGAUCGUCGUUGUAUCGUCUGACCUAUGUUUGCAUAUGCUUAUACAUAUAUAGACAUACUUAUAAAUAAAUAUAUGUUUUUGUAGCCUUAUUUUAUGUAAAUUUAUAAAUAUUUUAGUAAAUUUUUGCUAGUCAAUAUAUGUAAUUAUAAAUAAUCGUUUAUAGAAAAUUUGUUUGAAGAAUAUUAGCAUAAUUGAAAAGGAAUCUAAGUACAACACACAUGCACGCAUACGCGUCCACAUACAUAUGUAUGUAUACUUGCAUACACACACAAAGUUAGCUAUAAUAAUCAUUUAACAUUAAAACUUUUUAUUAGUAGUUCAAAUGUAUGUUUUGAGUUGAAGCGAGCUAAGAUGAAAUGCUACACGUUCUGUCAUAUUUACAUACUUACAUAUAUACACACACACAUACAUACCGACAUAAUAAAUAUAAUAUUAAAUGUUAUAGCAAAAUUUAUACAAUUUAAAAGCUCAUUUUAAUGAAGUGUAAAUUUAUAAAAAAUACGAAGAUUUCAAAAGAGAAUUGAUGUUAUUUUUAAACUUUCAUAUACAUAUGUAUUUUACGUAUUUAAGUCUCAGUUAGCGAUUGCACUUUAAGACAGAACAUAUUUGAAAAAAAAACACGAAAAGUACGACAAGGAAAAAUAAAAUUGCUGAGAUUUUAUAAUCUGCUCAUUACCAUAAAUACUUGCAUACAUCUGUAUGCGCUAAUUUGUAUAUUGUACAUAAUCAUGUGCUCUGCAUACGAAUAUUUGUUUUUUUUUUUCGAAAAAAUAUUUGAGGACAUAAAAUAACACUGUGCCCGGAACUUGAAUUUUUUUCUUUCGACAAAAGUUUUGAUAGCUGAUCUACCUUAAUUUGGGCCUUCUAAAUUCAAUGGCGUCCAUCGUUUUGUUCGAUUGGCUACAGUUUUAGAGGUAAUAAAGGGUUUUCCAAUAACAGGUGUUAUCUAUCGCUAUCGAGAAGUGAUUAACGAUUUUUUAUGGCAUUGAUCUGGACAACGUUUAUUUUCAACAAGACGGCUUUACGUGCCACGAAGCCAUUGUUUUUUUACUGAAAAAGUUUCCGGACCGUGUUAUCUCUCGAAGAGGUGAUCACAAUUGGCCACCGAGAUCUUGUGAUUUAAGGGGGAACACCACUGUGAACGCGUGAAAAUUAAGUGAUUUUCAUGAAUUUUGUUUUAUAAGUCAGGAUGAUUAUUUGGGGAUCGGACAAAUUAGAAUUUAUUUAACAUAUAUUCAACUAUACUGACACACAUUUUUAUUAAAAAAAUAUUAAAAAUUACAAUUGUUAUUAAUAUUAAUGCAAUGACAUCAUAAAAAACUGAUGCACCCUGGUGGCCACGAUACAGCGGUAAAAAAUCAUCUGAAAGCA